CAAUAACGCAACACAAACUCACAAAUCCCUUUCUUCAAUCACCGUUUGUUACAAAAAAAUUCCAUCGAAUUCUGUGCACGCAAUCUCAUCAUUAGCAACGAUGGCGGACAAGUACAACAUGAAGAAUCCAGCCGUUAAGCGGAUUCUCCAAGAGGUUAAGGAGAUGCAAUCGAAUCCUUCCGAUGAUUUCAUGAGCCUUCCUCUCGAGGAAAAUAUAUUUGAAUGGCAAUUUGCAAUUAGGGGACCUGGUGAAACUGAGUUUGAGGGUGGUAUUUAUCAUGGAAGGAUUCAGUUGCCUGCUGAAUAUCCAUUCAAACCUCCUUCAUUUAUGUUGUUGACACCUAAUGGUCGUUUUGAGACUCAAACCAAGAUUUGCUUGAGCAUAUCAAAUCAUCACCCUGAGCACUGGCAACCAUCAUGGGGCGUAAGGACUGCUCUAGUUGCACUGAUUGCAUUCAUGCCCACCAACCCAAAUGGUGCCUUGGGUUCAUUGGACUACAAGAAAGAAGAUAGGCGUGCCUUGGCCAUCAAAUCCCGUGAAGCAUCUCCUAAAUUUGGGUCUCCUGAACGUCAGAAACUGAUUGAUGAGAUUCAUGAGUAUAUGCUAAGCAAGGCAGUCCCUAUUCCUCAACCUAGCCCUUCGCCGGCUUCUGAAGAACCAAAAAAUGAGGAGGCCGAGACCCAAGUUACUUUACCAAAUCCUGAGGCCGAGACCCAAAUCACUUUACAAAAUCCUGAGGCACUACCUGCAGAAGAGGGUAUUCUAGAUCAAGCAGGUGACAGAAUAGUUGAAGAACAACAAGAAGUCCCUGUCAAUGUUAAUCCAAACCCGGCAGGAGUUGAAGCUUCAAAAGAUAUUCCAUCCAGCAGCGUCUCAAACAAUCAGUUGCUCCAAAAGCCAGAUGGAAGGGUUCAAAAUGUGAAACCAGAGACAAGGGUUCAAAAACCUGACGACCGAUUGUUCACAUUGGCAGCUAUUGGGCUUGCUAUAGCAAUUAUGGUUCUUUUGCUGAAGAAAUUCAUUAAAUCUACAGAACAUGGAGCCGUUUUCAUGUAUGGAUCUUAGGUGUCUUCAUUGUUCAAGUUAGCUCCAAUGUCAAGAUUCUUAGCCUCAUGCUAUCGUUAGGAAUGUCUUGUAAACUCAACUGAUACUUUAUGACCUUAUAUUGUACUUAAUACUUUUGUCAUGUAAUUAUGUAUUUUGACCAAUGUCAAUGACAAGUUGGUAUAAAUUUUUAGUUGAAGUGAAACUUUGAGGGAAGGUACGGA